UCGUACUUGGAGGACCAGGACGACGACGGAGGCGCUUCUGAUCUCAGCACCAGCACUGGAGACCUGGGGGACAACGACCAUACCAACAGAGACGGUGUCGUUUCGACGCAACUCCACUACGACAAAACGACGGAGUUCCAUUCGCUCAAGGAGGAGCUCAUUGACUCCGACCCACCAUAACCACCGCAGGCUUACCCCAUCGGAAUGGUGCCUGUGGCUAUGCCCAUGCCCAUGUCCGUGCCCUCAACCGUCUCCACCCUGAUCCGACGCUCUUCCACCAAGGACCGCCAUACCAAAGUCGAGGGGCGCGGGCGGAGGAUCAGAGUACCCGCCACGUGCGCUGCCAGGAUCUUCCAGCUGACCCGGGAACUCGGGAACGAGUCCGACGGAGAAACAGUCCGGUGGCUGCUCGAACACGCAGAGCAAGCCAUCAUCGAGGCCACCGGCACAGGGACCGUUCCUGCCAUUGCUGUCUCCGUCGGCGGGAGCCUCAAGAUACCCACCACCGCAUCCACGUCGGUCGAGGAUAACUCCUCACCACCCUCCUCAACCAAGAAGCAAAAACGCCCCUCCAAUUCCGAGUUCUUGGACGUGGAAAACGACGCCGUGUCGCAGUCGUCGGGUCUUGCUCCGGUGGGUCCCUCCGUGCCACAAGGUCUUGUUCCGGUGUGGGCCGUGGGCGGCCCCGGGUUGAUGGUUCCGGCAAAUGCGUUAUGGAUUGGCCCUGUGGGGUCGGGGGCCGGACCUUCAGGCCAACCGUAGAUAUGGGCCCUCCCUCCGACGAUGACGCCGGUUUUCAACAUGGCAGGAGCAGCCCGACCCAUAUCGAGUUUCGUGGCGAACAGAGGAGGAGGAGGAUUAGGAGUACUGGAUGUUCGGGCUCCAUCUCCCCCGCUGUCGAACUCAGCGGCAAAUACGAGCACGGUGGGACCGAGGGCGGCGAUGCGGUCGUCGACGACAAUGGCGCCGAGCGUGAGCUCCUCCAGUAACAACAGUAACGGCACCGGAAGCGGCGCGACGACCAAGACUCAGAUGCUGAGGGAUUUUUCUCUAGAAAUUUACGAUAAGCGGGAGUUGCAGUUCAUGGGUCGACCAGUUGGACCGGAAAAUCAUCACCAAACCCAGUGAAAUCGAACCGGAACCGGAACCGGCCCAUAUCCGAUUGAGUGAUUUAAUGAGUUUGUUUUAGUUUGUUCAAAAGAUUCAGUGCUGAUGAAACAGCCGCCAAAUUAAAAAUAAAAGUUCAAGAAAAUCCACAAAUGUUUAACGUUUAAUGA